AUGGCCCAUCAAGCACGCAACAUUCGAUGGGAAGCGCUGACCUCGCGUCUCAAAACCAUGGCCCAUCAAGCACACAACAUCCACUGGGAUGCACUCACCUCCUGUUUAAAAAUCCACUCACCAGAAGCUCCCACCAAAGUGAAGCCCACCAAUCUCUACUUUCUAUUUGAGCCCAACCAGGACGAGAAGAUCAGCCGUUUCGUCGCGUCAUUCAUAAACAAUAUCAAAGAACAUACGGCCUGUGAGCGGAAGAAGUAUCCUGAGAAAUUCGAUGUACCAGAUGGCAAUGAUCUGAUUCUGGGAGACGCCAUAACACAGAAAAUAACUCCGCUGGUGUACAAAUGGCGACAGACCCACGAAUGGAAGGAGGCAAUUCCAUACCAACGGAAAUCUUCCCUCCGAAGACUAUGCACUCAUAACGAUGGAUUCGAAUGCGGAUGUGCGAUUCCACUCCAGGAACGAAAAGCAUCUUCGUUCCUACGAUGUCAUACCCUGAAUAACUGCUUUGAGUUUUAUGUCAAGAAUAAAGAGGCAUUCUACAACCUUGAGGUGGUCAAGACACUUAUAUUAUAUGAAGAGAUGGAACCUAUUCUACGUGUUUGCGCUCAUCCUGAUGUCGACUAUGCGGAGUGGGAAACGCAAGGUGAAUGCUGUUGCAUGGGCAACGAUUGCGGUUGGGAUACCGUCUACGAGUCAGCCCUGAGGGCGUAUCUCGCCCUAAACAUUCUUUACUGUUUCCCUGCACUAUGGGAUCCUGCUUCAUCAUCAUCAUCAUCAUCAUCAUCAAGCAGGUCGACAGACUACAGAUCUACGGAAUUGUACCAGCUAAUGCUCAGGUACUGCACCUCUUCUGACUCUACGUCCGAAGUAGGGAAAUACCCGCACAUCGCAUUCUUCGGUAUAGGCGACGACCGAUUCCGCAGCUGGCCGCACUUCAAGCCGGUACUCCGUCUAAAAUACAUGCCCGAUAUCGAUAAGAAAGACAUGGUCAGAGAAAGGCAUAUUCCGUAUGGAACGGUGCCGUUUGAGGAUUCCUUAAACUCGAAAGUACAUACCACUGAGUACUUGCCUGAUGUUUCUGCAGUCGCGCUUGUCGGGGAUAUGCUAUAUAGCAAGGGGUUACCCGUGGAAUUGGUCGAUGAUGUGAUGGAAAAGGCUGAUUACACGGCCAAACGCAGGCUGGUUUAUGCUCACGAUCCGCUUCAUCCAGGGAAUUUGGAGGAGUUGCAGCAGUAUUUGAAGUAUUGUUGGCGGUUGAUGGUUAAUUGUAAUCUGAUGGCGGAUGCGCUCGGGACGGGUAUUGAGUGGGAGAAUGUGAUUUAUAGGUUUCUUGCUGGGCAUAUAUCUUCGCUUGGGGAGAAGCGGAUUGCUAGACCUGAUAUCAGGUAUUGAGACACGACUCAGGCGUGAAGGUUUGUCCUUGUAUGAUAUAAGUACACAUUCAAUGAUCUCUACUCGUUAUGUCAAGUUCACUCUCGGUUAAGGCUUGAUUCUCGUACGUAGUCGAGGAAUUACCAAGAGGUCUA